UCGACGGAACUCGAUUAGGUUUGCAAAAGAUCGUUCGCGUCUCGCCCAAAACCAAUUCCUCCGCCCCUGCCGUCGUUUGCGGCGCAUUUCGAGCAAUCUUCGCUGCCAUUUCUAUUGACACCGGCAAGUCCGAUGAUGCAGAAUAACCCAAAUCUCAUCUCAGUUGCUGACAUGUCCAUCGAGUUUGAAUCUCAAUCCAUUUCCACCCCGACGGCCCAAGCCCAAGACAGAUCCAACUCCGGCUGCGCCUUGCUAUUGCCUUCCUGCUGUCUGGGGCCACGACGCCGUUCCUCAUGGUGGGAGCGCGUCCGCUCCACCUCCUGGUCCCACUCCAAUUCACCUUCAUCCGGUGACCGAUGGUGGUCGCGUGGCCUCAGGGCGCUCAAGAAGCUUCGCGACUGGUCCGAGAUCGUGGCCGGCCCCAGGUGGAAGACCUUCAUUCGCAAGUUCAACCGCAACCGCGCCUCCAAGCGCAUGCCCAAGUACCAGUAUGAUCCAAUGAGUUACGCCCUCAACUUCGACGAGGGCCAUAACGGGGAUUACAGCGACGACGCCGCCCUCCGCAAUUUCUCCACGCGCUACGCCGCCGUCAACGUGAAGUCAGUUUCCCCCAAGGCCCGUGACACCGACGACGCCGUUUUCGUGUGAGUGGUGGAGUGGGCACGGUACUACGCGUGGUUAACGCGGUGAGUCCUUUGGUUGGUAGCUGAGGCUGCCCCUUCGCCUUACUUUUCACUUUUCAUUUCCUAUCGCCAAUUAUUUACUCUUAUUUAUUUUCCUAUAUAGUAUAUACAUCCCAUAUAAAUCGGAAUGGUCACAUUACUGUGUAUAUACACUUUUUUUAUUUUUUUUCCAUAUUCUAUCAUAAGUAAUUCAAUUUUUUUUUUA